AUGUAAAAUAUUUAAAGAUUGCUUAUAGCUCCAGAUUCAUCAAGGAAGUAUUUGAUCAAAUAAGAUGCAAUGAAUUUACUUCUUGGCAUUAUCCUCUGUUUAAUAUACAUUGAUUAUUUGAUAAAUGAUAAAUUGCCUUAUUCUGCAGCAUGGUUUAAAUGUUCAUAUUUAUUCCUACUUUUUGCUAGCAACUUAUGUGCUAUCUUCUUAUAUGUUCUUUUUAUACCUCAAUUAAUAACAUUAAAUUAAGAAUAAGAUAAAAAAGAUCAAAUUAUUUAACUGAGAACUUUAUUGUAAUAUAAAUUGCAUCAAUAUUUAAAUAUCAAUUAAUGUCUGAUAAAUAGUUUAUAGUUACCAGGUCUAAUAUUAGUAUUUUUGGAUUUAUUUGGAGAAUCAUAAGAAUAAACACAAAGUAUUAAGUAAAUAUUAAUUAAAAUCAUCUAUAGAACACUUGUUAGAUAUUCAGUUUUUGGAUAUUUUAUAAAUCGCAUAAUUAUUGUAAAAUUUAUUGAAAGUGCUCAUGAAGAAUAAAUGAUUGUUGAGUUCAAAGAAAGUUUUAUUAAAAUAAAAGAAUUAUAAGAAAUUUAAAUGAAUUCUCUUGAUAUUUGUCCAAUUUGUUAUGAAGAAUUUAAAAUAAAGGAACAUAUUGCUGAAUAUCAAUGUCAAGGAAAACAUACUUUUCAUUAAGAUUGUGUUUUAAAAUGGUUAAAAAUGCCAAUGAAUAAAACUAAAGUUUGUCCUUAUUGUAAACAAUUACCAGAUUGUAUUAAUAAAUAUUUCUGA